UCACUAUACAGCCAGCCAUUUUAUACUGGUCGAUUCGGAUACAAGAUGUGUGCCAGAGUGUAUCUGAAUGGAGAUGGCAUCGGACGUGGAACUCACAUGUCACUUUACUUUGUGGUCAUGAAAGGAGAGUAUGAUGCCCUUUUGGCUUGGCCUUUUCAACAGAGAGUAAGUGGAGAGUAUGAUGCCCUUUUAGCUUGGCCUUCUCAACAGAGAGUAAGUGGAGGGUAAGAUGCCCUUUUGGCUUGGCCAUAUCAACAGAGAGUAAAUGGAGAGUGUGAUGCCCUUUUGGCUUGGCCUUUUCAACAGAGAGUAAGUGGAGAGUAUGAUGCCCUUUUGGCGUGGGCUUUUCAACAGAGAGUAAGUGGAGGGUGAACCUUUGUUGUUAUACGAGGUUUAGUUAAUGCUAGAAAGUAUGGAUGUUACAAAUGGACAAAGUGCUAAAACAAACAUAAAGGGUUUCAAAAAAUAAGUAUAUUAUCUGACCUCACCCUACCUAGUGUAAGUAGUAUACCCGUAAUGGAUGCAUAAGUUGAGAUUUUUGGUUACUCUUGUUAAAGUAAUUGUUAUAAAAAAUUUAACAUACCAUUUCUUAUUAUAUAAGUCUCCUAUUUAGCAAUUUACUUUUUAAAACUGAACUCAGGAUACACAGUGAGUUCUUUGAUAUAAAUUUAAAUUCAUUUGUAAAGACCUUUCAAUACUGUUUUAUUGAUUAUUUUAAAAUGUGGAGACUUUUCAUUCCUGUUUUAUCUGAUCAUAGUAACUUAGUCCAUGGACUGUUAACUAUUUCAACAUUAUUUAACAACAGGUUAGUCUGGUACUGCUGGAUCAGUCUCCAGAGAAGAGGCACCUGAAGGACGAGUUUUUCCCAGACCCAAACAGCACCAGCUUCAGGCGACCAAUGAAUGCUGAGAUGAACGUGGCAAGUGGUUGCCCCUUG